AUGUCGCAACCAUCUCCACCGCCGCCCGCCCCCUCCUUCGCGACCCCCCUCCCGCAGUCCCCGCGCUCGCCCGUGCUGGAAUGGCGAUUCCCCAAGCCCUACAGCCAGUACGUGCUGACAGGCCGCUCGCGCGCCGCCUGGCACACGAGCUUCGUCGUGCCGCAGCUCAACCUCCUCCUCGACGCGGGCCUCUGCGUCAACAAGCUGCGGCCCAAGCACAUCUUCCUCACGCACGGCCACAGCGACCACACCCUCCUCGCGCCCGCCUUUGUCAAGCGCGACGACCCGCCCAACGUGUUUUGCCCGCGCGAGAUGGCUCCCGCGUUUGACGACUUUGUCCUCGCCAACACGAUGCUCAACCUCGGCGGGCUGGUGCGCGUGGGCGACGCGGCGGCACAGGGGCUCGCCGUGGAAGAGGAAGGGGAGCAUGGUGAUGAGGCCGGGGGAGACGGCGACAGCGACGACGGCAGUGGGAGGAGACAGCGGAGUGCCGAGGAGCGGGCCUGGCUCGGCACGCACGUCACGCACGGCGUCUCGCCCGGCGACGAGGUGCCGCUCCGGCGCGCCAAGGGCAUCACAGCGCGCGUCUUUGCAUGCGACCACACAGUCCCCUGCGUAGGCUACAUCUUCAGCCAGACGACGCACCGGCUGCGCCCGGAGCUGGCCUCGCUCCCCGGCCCGGAGCUCAAGCGCCUGCGCGAGGCAUCCGAGUCGUCCCCCUCGGCGCCGCCCAUCACGGAGCCGCACACGGCGCCCAUCUUCGCCUUCCUGGGCGACACGACGGCGGCGACGCUGGCCGCUGCGCCGGCGUGGCUGCGCGCCGGCAUCCCCGUGGUGGUGACGGAGUGCAGCUUCCUGCGGGAUGAGCACGCGAGCCAGGCGGAACGCACCAAGCACACGCUCUGGCGGGACCUGGAGCCCGUGGUGCGCAGGUGGCCGCGCACGACGUUUGUGCUUAUGCACUUUAGCCUGCGGUAUAGCGACGCCGAGGUGGCGCGCUUCUUCCGCGACAUGAAGGACGUGCCGCCUAAUAUCGUGGUCUGGGCGGAUCCAGAGGCCGAGUGA